AGGAGCCCGGCGGGGCGCCCAGCAGGGUGAGAGGGGGCGCCGGAGCCGCUCCGCAGGGGCGCAGCAUGCCCCCCGGCCCCGGGCCAUGGAGGUCGCUCUGGUGCCCCCGGAGAACGGCGGUGCCAUGACCGUCAGGGGAGGAGAGGAGGUCCGGGCCACAGGGGGGGAGCUCCGCUGCCCCCCGACGGCUGCGCUCAGCGAUGGACUCAAGGAGCCAGCGCCAAGGGAUCGCGGCGGCGCCGGGAGGCGCGCGGGCCCGGGAGGCCGGCCGGUGCCGCCGGUGCCCCAGGAGCUGCCCGGGGCUAGACGGCUGCCUCCGGAGGACGAGGAGGGAGAAGGCGACCCCGCUCUGGGCGUGGCGGAGGGCCAGGUGCUGGGCUCGGGGCCCCUCCAUCACCAGCGCGUCCUCAUCAACAUCUCCGGGCUGCGCUUCGAGACGCAGCUGGGCACCCUGGCGCAGUUCCCCGACACGCUCCUGGGGGACCCCGCCAAGCGCCUGCGCUACUUUGAUCCCCUGAGGAACGAGUACUUCUUCGACCGCAACCGGCCCAGCUUCGACGCCAUCCUCUACUACUACCAGUCGGGGGGCCGGCUGCGGAGGCCGGUCAACGUCUCCCUGGACGUGUUCGCAGACGAGAUCCGCUUCUACCAGUUGGGGGACGAGGCCAUGGAGCGCUUCCGAGAGGACGAGGGCUUCAUCGAGGAGGAGGAGAAGCCCCUGCCCCGCAACGAGUUCCAGCGCCAGGUGUGGCUGAUUUUCGAGUACCCCGAGAGCUCGGGUUCCGCCCGGGGCAUCGCCAUCGUCUCGGUCCUGGUCAUCCUCAUCUCCAUAAUCACCUUCUGCCUGGAGACGCUGCCCGAGUUCAGGGAUGAACGGGAGCUGCUGCGCCAUCCCCCGGUGCCCCAGCAGCCCCCUGAGCCCCACAGGGGGGCCAAUGGCAGCGGGGAGGCAGCGCCACCCUCUGGCCCGACGGCGGCGCCUCUCCUGCCCAGGACCCUGGCGGACCCCUUCUUCAUCGUGGAGACCACGUGCGUCGUCUGGUUCACCUUCGAGCUGCUGGUGCGCUUCUCCGCCUGCCCCAGCAAGGCCGAGUUCUCGCGAAACUUCAUGAACAUCAUCGACGUGGUGGCCAUCUUCCCCUACUUCAUCACGCUGGGCACCGAGCUGGUGGAACAGCGGCCGGGGGGAGGCGGCGGCCAGAACGGGCAGCAGGCCAUGUCCCUGGCCAUCCUCAGAGUGAUCCGCCUGGUCCGGGUGUUCCGCAUCUUCAAGCUGUCCCGCCACUCCAAGGGGCUGCAGAUCCUGGGCAAGACGCUGCAGGCCUCCAUGCGGGAGCUGGGCCUGCUCAUCUUCUUCCUCUUCAUCGGGGUCAUCCUCUUCUCCAGCGCCGUCUACUUCGCGGAGGCCGACAACCAGGAGACCCACUUCUCCAGCAUCCCGGAUGCCUUCUGGUGGGCCGUGGUCACCAUGACCACGGUGGGCUACGGGGACAUGAGGCCUGUCACCGUGGGGGGCAAGAUGGUGGGCUCGCUGUGUGCCAUCGCCGGCGUCCUCACCAUCGCCCUGCCCGUGCCCGUCAUCGUCUCCAACUUCAACUACUUCUACCACCGGGAGACGGAGCAGGAGGAGCAGGCAGCCCUUAAGGAAGAGCAGGGCACCCAGGGCAGCCGGAGCCAGGGGGCAGGGCCGGCCAGCGGAGGCCAGCGGAAGGCCAGCUGGAGCAAGGCGUCCCUCUGCAAGGCUGCGGGGCCCCUGGAGAACGCGGAUGGAUCUCGAAGGGGCAGCUGCCCCCCGGAGAAGUGUAACCUCAAGGCCAAGAGCAGUGUGGAUUUGCGGAGAUCCCUGUAUGCCCUCUGCCUGGACACCAGCCGGGAAACGGAUCUGUAA